UCUCGAUGGAAGGUAGUCUCAGACUCUCUCCAUCUAUUCAAUUCAAAGUUUUAUCGUGUGUGCUCACAUUUUUAAAAACUCUUACAAACAAAUAAAAUUUACUUGUUGUUUUUAUCAUCACUAAAAAUUAAUCAUUUAAAAAUUUAAAUAAUAAUAAUUUUUUUGUUUGCAUAAAAAAGUGAUUGACAUCUGAAAAAUAAUACAGUGCAGAAUUCCGUCAUCCGGGUGAAGAAUUUCCGCGGUGGGAGAGACAGACGUCGGAGUGUCGAGCAGGUCGACGAGGACGUUUGUAUGCAAUAAAAAGAGCAGAAACGUUCCACUGCGACAUUGAGUUUAAAAAAAAUAUUAAAAAAAUUAACCAAGCACGUGACGACGUAACUUGUUGGCUUAAAAAAAAGUGAAGCAAAUGAUAAAAAUAAAAAAUAUGAACAUAACGGUAAAUUGAUUUUAUUGGAGGAUUUGACAAUUAGUCGGGGGAUACAAUAAAGUUUUUUUUUUAAAAAAGUGUUAGAGUGCUAAUUUAAUUAAAAAGAGUGGAGAAGAAAUAUGGAGACUGAAGAACUUACGCGACUCGUCGAUGGCAUCUAUAAGAAUAUCCUGGACAAAUUCAAUCCAGGAGCUAGGCAACUGAUCAAUGCAGGCAAAGCAUAUCUCAAGGCUCUACAUGGAGCAGCAGCAGCAUCCCGCGUCUACGUUGACGCUCUAUCCCGUUUAGCCCGACAAGCACAGUUGGGCACCUGGGGUGGAUCACAAGAUGUUGGUUCUGCUUUAAUGAGAAUCGUAGAGGUCUAUAAAGAAAUACAAGACCAAGAAAUGAACAUCUUAAAAGCAUUCUACGUGGAUUUAUUGGUACCACUGGAAACAAAUCUCGAAAAAGAUACAAAAGUUGUGCAGAGUGAGCAGAAAAAAUUUCUUCAGCAGCAUAAAUUAAGAUCAGAAACUUACAGCAAAGCUGCGGCAACAAUGAAAAAACAGAGGAAAAAAUCACGUGGCGCUAGUAAAAGUGGAUUAGCAAUGGAUAAAGAAUUAAAAAAUAUGCAGAUACUUGAGGAAGAAAAAUCUAAAUUAGAUGCAUUUUGUGAACAAAGUCUUAAAAACGCAAUGACUCAAGAACGAAGACGAUAUGGUUUUGUAUUGGAGCGACAAUGCUCACUGGCCAAACAUUACGCAAGCUUUCACGAAGUUGCCUUGGCAGCACUACAUCCUUCCGUAGACGAAUGGCGUGAAGUUGCAAAUACUCGUGAAUAUUUACCCCAAUCCGUAGAAGACAUGUUUGCAUCUAGACUUCGUCAAGUUUCUUUUUGGCCCGAGGAUGAAGAGAACGGGGGCUCUGAAUUGACCAUGAGCUCACAGUUACGUAAAACGAGAAGUAUGGAUAGUUCUUGCUUGGAAUUACGUCUCGGUCCACCACCAAGUCAUCCACCUUCUUCUCUACACACUGGCGCACCAUCUCAUCUCUCUUCGGCGCUUUCAAGGGCAAGGUCAGAAGCUAAUCUCCAUGCCUCAAGCUUGUCUCUUGAACCAGAUGUACCGGAAACUCCACCGCGACCUAGAUCAAUGGCACCGACAUCGAGAAAUAGUGUAGCAGGUAGUAAUAGUGCCGGGGGUGGCUCUGGCACUGGUGUUAACUCAGGCGUAUGGGGUGAAGCUUCGUUAGCACGUGCACUUUUUGCUUACUUGAGUUCGGGUGAAAAUCAGCUGAGUUUUCUUGAAGGCGAUCUUAUUGCGCUAAUGGGGGAUCGUCAAAAAGGUUGGCAAUUUGGUGAAAAUCUUCGCACUCAAAGCUCCGGAUGGUUUCCACUGGCUUAUACUGAAAUUAUAAUCGACGAUAGUUUGGGAUCUCCAAGUCACGCAGCAAAUAACGGUCGGUCACCGGAACCAAGGGCGAUACCGCCCUGCAAGCCGCCGCCGUCUCGGCCACCACCUACGAUUGACGAUCUCAGCAACGGCGGGAGCGGAAACCCCUCAAGCAACAGCAACAACAACAACAUUGGCAAUUCAAACACAAACACAAGUACACCUACAAACGUACCCAAAAGCCAUAGUUCUCACAGUGUUGCCACCCCAACGGGACGUCAGCCAAAAUCUAUCCGUCCAUCAGGAACUUUGCCAUCGUUAUUAGCAGCAGGACGUAGAGUCCAACCACCGAUGCCACCAGUACCACCACCACAAGUUGUAACUUCAUUACACAGCAGCAAUGACAGUGGAUUUUCAAAUGAGCCACCAGUACAACCAGACAUCGAUUACAGCGAUGAUGAGGCAAUGAGACAACGACGCAGAAAAACCCGUGGGGAACGUCUGGAAGCCGCUGAACGAGCCAAGCAACAGCUGGAUAAGCAGGAGAAACUGCAGCAUAAGCAACAACAGAAUCAGCAAACGCAUAAAGAACACGAGGAUGAGAAUGAGGAUCAAGAGAAGAGUAAAGAUUGGCUGAACGAUUCAUGGAAGACGAUCCCGAGGGACGAAAAGAGCUGGCAGAUGUACAGAACAGCCAUGGACCUGUGGUCGGAGUCAAAGCAUCAACAGCUACAGCCCUCUGUCGACAAAAGAGAUCUCGAGGGAGGUACAAGUACAAGUGGUAGGUACGGGCCUGUAAGUAGCAGACGAACUAGUGACAAUCACGAGUCCUCUUCGCUAAUGUCUCAUCCUCAUUCUAAGGAAUAUUCCUCUCACAAUUCAGACUACGAUACUAAAGAUAAUAAACGUGACAACAAAAUGAACAGCGAAUCUAGUUCUAGUAGGAAAUCAAAGUACGUUCAGUCACGAGUUAACUCAAAUAUUGAACGUACCAACGCAGCUAACAAUGUCAAUAGCAGUCGUUAUAUCAAUGGAAAUGAUCAUCGUUUGAGAGAUCAGUCGAGUCGUCGCACUGCAGAAGGGCAUCGUUCUGUCGGGGAUAAUUUAAAACGCGAGCAGAUUGAAAUUGAUGAAUCCGAUGAGGAAGAACGAGAAGAAAUAAAUGAAGAGGAAGAUACAUACAAUACUGAAGAUUACUCAGACAAAUAUGACGAUAAAAGUUACUAUGAAAAUCAUCGCCGUCGUAAUAAUAAACACGAUAUUGAAAAUAUUCGUUAUUUAUCAUCAAGUCAUGAUGACAUUAAUCAUAAAAAUAAUAGUAAUAUUGGCAAUGAUAAUGAUAAAAGUGAAUCAGUGUCAUCAAAUUCAGAUUCUGAAGACACAAGUACAAUAACUAUUCCAGAAGUAGGCAGUAAAGUUGAACAUAUUGCUCAGAAACUUGAACAAACGGCUCAGAAAUAUGCUAGGGAGCAUAGCCCUUCAAAGUUUAGCGAUCUUAGACGUGAGGAUUACAGAAAAAGUAUUGAACGUGAUGAUAAAAUAUUGAUAUCACCAUCAUCGACAGUUAAUUAUGAUAAAUAUGAACGUGAUACUCGUGUGCAGCCGCGAUUUGAAAGAGAAAGAGAACGAGAACAAAGAGAUCGUUACAUUGAUAAUAAUAAUAAAAAUAAUAAUAAUAAUAAUAAAUUUAUAAAUUAUGAACGUGAAAGAACAUUUGAAAAGAAUCCCGAUCGUAAAAAAAAUAUUGAACGUAAUUCAAAUCGUCGUUUCGAACGUCCCAAACCACCAUUUGAAGAUGCACCUGAACGGCCACGUGAGUUACCGAUACCGCGCAGAGAAAGACGGCAUUCUGACAAAGAAGAAAUUUAUGGUAACACUACUGCCAGUACUAUCAAUAAAUUUACCUCCAAUAAUUCCGAAGUUUUUGUAGAAAAAGAUCGCGGUUAUGAAUCUAAUUUUGAAACUAAACUUGAACGAAAUAAAGUAUUGGAAAAAAUAGUAUACGCAAAAAGUGAUAUCGAUAAUACAUUAUCGUCUUCACGUAAGAUGAUAACAGGACACAGUUCCGAAAUAAAUGAUGCUAAUAAUAAUACAUUGAAGAGUGAUAAAAAAGUAAUCAAUAAUCAAACAAGACCACACACAACUCUUGGGCACAUGAACACUUCCGGGCAAUCACGUUCAUUUGAUAUGGACAUCAAAAGUUGUAGCCCUAAAUUAAUAAAAAGAACAAAAUCAUUCUGGCGUUUUCGUCGUGAUUCAGAAGUACUUGAGGGUAUGGCACUUUGGCAACAUCGUUCACUUGUUGAUAUUCCUAAGACACUAAAACGUGAACAAUCAAAGACCGAACGUAUAAAUACAAACAAUAAUAAUAAUAAUAAUAAUGAUGAUGAUGAUGAAGAAAUAAGUAUAUCAAGAAAGUCAAGUCCUGCUAAUUCAGGAUCUGGACGUAGUGCGAGUAAAGAAUCACGUAGUAGUGAUAAUACUAUUACCAAUGAUCACCACAAUAAUUUGAACCAUGUACGUGAAGAUCCUAAACCCGCAGAAAGAAAUAUUGUCCCUGAUAAAAAUGUUUCUGACAACUACUACAAUGACUUUCCAACACCAGCUGAACGUCCGAAAGCUGUCGAGAGAUCUGAGUACAGAAUACAGAGUCGGGAAGAGAGGUCAUACUUUGUUGGCAAUAUAUCUCGGAAAGCAAUACUUGAAAAUGAACGUAAACGGAGCUUGGAAGCCAAGAGAAGUAUGAUCGUUGCUGAAUUGAAGGAGAACAAUGAACAAGGUAUUAAGAAGAACGAACGCAAUAACAAGACGUCAUUGUACGGUGAAGACGAUGAUGGAUUAAUACAAAACUUUACCGAAACUGAAGCUUCUGAUGAAGAAUCAACUUACAGUUGUAUCGUUGAUAAUAAAGAUCAGAAAAUUACUGCUGAGAAAACUUUAUUACCGAGAACAAAACUUAGACGUGACAGCGAUCGUGAGAGAGAAAAAAAUACUUGUGGUCCUUGGUAUGACCUUUGGGGUGCUGAUACUUCUAUUAAUAAUAAUAACAACAAUAAUAAAAAAAAUAUUAAUAAUAACAGUAACAAGAAGAAGAAGAAAUGAAUUAAAUUUAUUAUUAAUUAUAUUUUUCGUUAACGAUAUAUAUUUUUAUUGUUUUUUAAUAUUUCAUCUAUUUUAUUAUGCACUUUAUAUAUUUUUUUUUUAAGUUUUUAUGGAGUUUAUAUUUUUUUAUUUUAUUUAAAAGCCAUAAUCCUUGUUAUUGAACAUAUAUUUUAAUAGAGCCGUGCUCGUAAAUUAGUUAUUAGUGCUAAUAUAAGAAUAUAUUAUUAUUGUUAAUUUUAUUAUUAUAAUUAUUGUAUUGCUUUUAUUGUUAUUUUUUUUUUUUUAAGAGGACACUUGGUCCUGAGAUUAAUUAAAAGUCCUUUCAGAAACACCAAUGCCUUUGCAACGGUCAAACUACGGAAAACAAAGACCAAUGAUCGCUCGGCACCGGCACUGUGAUUUGUAUUUAAACAAUCAAUUGAUAUUAUUUGUUUCAUUAUUAUUAUCAAUUAUCAUUAUUGACAAUUUGUUACAACAAUAAAAGAUGUCUUUUAUCUACGCGAUUAGAUAGACAGACAGUCUGUUAUAUAAAUGUUUGUAAAUUAUUUAGUUUAUUAAUUUUUAAAAAUAUAAAUAAAAUAAUUGGCUAAAUCCGUCCAGCUAAUACACGAAUGUGGAUUUAUCUGGAAUAAAAGUUAAUUAACCCUGGGGUCACGUCGGGUCAAGAUGGUCUCUGACAAUUUUAAAAGUCGAAUUUCUACAAUUGGUAUUUGUUCUUGUAAAUUUAACAUAUCUCGAUAACUUUUAGGUUUUUGAAAAAAAUAUAAGAUAUCUUUUUUGUAGAAAAUUUAAAGCUCUAAAUAAAAUGUAUCUUGUAAUUUUUUGAAUAACUCAUUAUUUACAGAGAUAUUUACAAAAAAUCAAUUACAUUUAUAUUUUAAUUUUAUAAUUGAUUUGAAUUUAUUGAUACACUGUAAAAAAUUUGUGGAGCAAACGCGGAGUAAAUCCGGAGUGGGUAAUUUUUUUAUUCAUUUAAUUCCCUCGGAGUGAAUUCCACUCCGAAGAGGAAUUUCGGAAAAUAUUAAUUAUAAAAAAAAAAAAUGAUUAAAGGAAAAAAUCAUAGGAACAAUUUUCUAAAGAAGUUUUUCUAAAAUAUCUUCAUAAAUAUAUAUUUUAUAGAAAAAAUAAACAUGACCUUUUUUGUUAAGAAUUUAAUUUCCUACAAAAUUGUCCUUAUGAUUUUUUCCUUUAAUCUGCAUAUUGCAUGAGAUAUUUAAAAAAAACCGCGAUUGUAUCAAAAAAUUAACUUUGAUCGUCCUGAGGCACGUGUUUUUUCUCUUUAAAAAAAAAAAAAAAAAAAAAAAAAAAAAAAAAAAAAAAACCAAAUUCCUCACGUAUUUUUUCACAAAAAAGAAACUUUUUAUGGGGCGUUUAAGAAAAUUUCAUUUUUAACGACCACCCUAAUGAAUAUGAAGUUAUCAUUUAAUGAGUUACUAAAACAUUUUAUAAAUUGAUAAUAUAAUAUUUUGAAUUUAAUUAUUAAUAUCUGAAUAAAUUAUUUAUUGAAAUAAUUAUGUUUCUCAUUAGUAGCUGUUUCUAUUAAAUAUAAAUUUAUUUAAGUACUAAAACUCCGGACCAGAGUGAAUGCGGAUUUAAAUAAAAUCCACGUCACUCCGAAAUCACUCCGUCCAUAAAAUUUUCCUGAUUUUUUAUAGUGUAACUUUAAGGAAUUUAUUUCAUUUGGAUUUAAAAGAAAAUUAAAAAAAAAAAAAUAUAAGCAUUCAUAAAAAUGUUUAAAUAAUGUCUUAAUAAAAUUUUUUGUAAAAAUAUUGAUUAGUUUAAUUUCUUAUCAAAGUUGCUAAGGCUCCUUGCGACCCUUGAGAUUCCCAGUAGAAGUGUGACCACUGAGGGUUAAUUAAAAAUAUGAUGAGUAAUGUUGAUAAAAUGUAAUAUAAAUAUAUAAAACAGCGAACAUUUAUUUGUCAAUUGUUUGACUUUAAGAGUCUUUGUGACAUCGUUAUUCCGUCGUUUUGCAUUGCGAUGCAGUACAGGCAAAUUAAGUAAUAAAAGGACAAAUUUGAAUAUUAUUAUAACGAUAAUGAUAGCAAGAGAAAAAAAAAUAUAAAUAAAUGAAAUGGUUAAAAAAAUAAAGAGAGAUCAAUGAUAAUAUAUUUGGAAUAAUUUUUACUAAGUUGGCUCGUUACCAAAAUUCACGAAUUAUAUUAGCAUAUUUGGAAAUUUUUCUAUCGAAAAUAAUGCCAGCCAAAAUACAUUACAUACAUUAGAUAGACUUUAUAUUUAGAGACAACAAAAUUUAGUUGUAGAAAUAAAUUUAUUUAUUGUGUACAUAAAAACGUUAAAUAUUGUGAAUUACUGCAGUAGAAAAAAUUUACAUUUUAUCCCCAACAAAAGUUGUUAAAUUUUUUUUUCAAAUAUUUUUAUUACUGCAGCUUGAAAUAAAAUACGUUUGACGUAAAAAAUUGAUCUCUCUUCACGUCGAAAAAUAAAAAGAUAUAAAAAUAUAUAAAUUUUUUUAUGUAACAAAAUAUUGUCAUUGAUAAAUUGUAGAAUUCAUAUAAAUAUAAAACAAAUGAAUUAUAUAAACGUCCAUAUUAUGGAGUUGGGACUUUGUGAUGCAAAGUUUUUAUAUGCUCUGUACAUACACUGGGCCUGACAUAAUUUUUAAUAAUUUAUAAAAAAAAAAAAAGAAAAAAUUUAAUAUCCAUAGUAAUAAUAAAUAAAAAUUAUAAACGAUAAUGUAUUUGAUGAUUAUUAAAUAAUAUUACGCAGAAUUUUAUCUUACACAGUUAGAAAUUUUGUGCAUUUGUGUUAAAAAAUUAUUUUGUGUUAAUUUUUAACACAGAAAUCUGUUAAUUAAAUACAAAGCGUUUGUGUUAUUUGACGAACUGAUUUUUUAUGUUAAAUUUUUAGAAAAUCUAGACUGUAACACAUUUCUUGUGUUGUUCGAAAAUUAACACAAAAUUUAUGUUGUUUUGCUAAACACUUCCGCGCGUUUCUUCAUUACUAUAACCAAGCAAAGCAUUGUAGCAGCAUUGUCUGCAAGGAAACUUGAAUAUUUUUAUGAUCAGGUUCAAUGAUUUUUUACUCUCAUUUUAAGGGAGGAUAAUUCAUAGCUCCGUUUUUUAUAAAAAUCACAGAAAAUCGAACUAAUUGUUUGCUAAAUUGGCAUAAGUUGUACUAAGGUUAGAUCAGUAUACUUGAGUUGGUUAUGUUAUGUGCUUAUAUUUAUUAGUUGAUUCUAACACGAAAAUUCUGUUGAAUUUACACAAAUUUUUUGUCAAAAUAACAGAUUUUAUGUGUUCAAUUAUUUAACAUAAAAUUUGUGUUAAAGAUCAACACAAACGCAAUGUAUUGAAUUAACACAAAAAUUUGUGGAGACCGUUUGCAACACGCAAUUUGUGUUGGAUUUCACAAAAUUUCUAACUGUGUAACACAAUCUUUUACACAUUUCACUGUAUCCACAUAAUUUUCCUCUUUAUAAAAUUGUUAAAAAAUAAAGUAAAUAAAUGAAUAAAAAUUGAAUGCAUUUACAUAGAAAAAAAAAUAAUAAUAAUAUACAU